UCGUAGUGGAUAAACGACUCAAUUAUAGAUGAAAAGACACAAUUAUUUAUCCUUGAUUAAAAAUUGUUGAAUCGAAAUAAUUCAGUUAUUUAUGGAAAGUUUGUGUUCCCAUCUGAACAAUUAUUGUUAUCACAAGAUAACAAAACAAAAUACGUCGUUAGUUGUACCUUAGAUUCCGAACACAAAUUUGCAAGUUGUGAAUCAGUGGUUGUGUUAUUAACAAGAAGAACAAAGUUCGGCAUUGAAACGAGCACAUUAUAAAACCUGUCAGACUGCAUCCAACAUUUGUUACAUAACUCUUGUCCUGUAAAUAGUAAAAAUGCUGUCCUUUUAUGUGUUAUUAACCGGCAUAUCCCUGAUUUUGCUACUUCAAACUUGGCGUUUCUUCCGAAAAUACCUCAGGAACAAGAAAGUUUUGAAGAAAAUACAUGGCCCCCCUGAGACACCCAUUUUCGGGCACAUAUACAUCUUCACACAAGACCCAGAUUUGCUGUUAACAAGGAUCCGAAAAUACUCACGAGAUUACUACCCAAUUUUCCGCUUUUCGUUUCCCUACGCCGACAUUGUGAAUUUUCUCGAUCCUAGCGACAUUGAAUUGAUUUUAUCGACCACCAAGCAUUUGAGUAAGAGCAAAAUCUACACUUUUUUGAACAAUUGGCUCGGGACGGGUUUACUGACAAGCACUGGUACCAAAUGGCACCAACGACGCAAAAUCCUGACCCCUGCCUUCCACUUCAACAUUUUGCAACAAUUGAAUAAGAAAAUUUUGAAGAAAAUACGUGGCCCCCCUGAGACACCAAUUUUCGGUCACAUGUACAUUUUCACACAGGACCCAGAUUUAUGGUUUACAAGAAUGCGAAAAUUUUCACGGGAGUACUACCCCAUUUUCCGCCUUUCGGCCCUCUACGUCGACAUUGUGAAUUUUCUCGAUCCUAACGACAUUGAAUUGAUUUUAUCGACCACCAAGCAUUUGAGUAAGAGCAAAAUCUACACUUUUUUGAACAAUUGGCUGGGGACGGGUUUACUGACAAGCACUGAGGAAAUCUUUUCAGUAGUCGGGGCUGAAAAAGUCCCCACUUACAGCGACCUCCAAGAGCUCAAGUACACUGAAAGAUGCAUCAAAGAAACACUAAGGCUUUUCCCAAGUGUCCCGUUCAUUUCUCGGUACGCCAGUGAGGAUUUUGUCACAAAAACUGGUUAUGCGAUUCCAGAGGGAACGGUUAUGCAUAUUCACAUUUUUGAUUUACACCGGAAUGAGGAAAUUUAUCCUGAGCCUUUGAAGUUCGAUCCGGACCGUUUUCUCCCCGAUAAAGUAAAUGAGAGACACCCUUUUGCCUAUAUUCCGUUCAGUGCRGGGCCUAGAAAUUGCAUAGGACAGAAGUUUGCUUUCCUGGAACUCAAAACAGUACUCUGUGGGAUUUUGAGGAAGUUCAAGUUGGAGAAAGUCGAUGAUAUGUACGAGAUUGAGUUCAGGCCAGACCUGGUGCUAAGGCCAAAGAACGAUGUCAAAGUCAAAAUCGAAAAAUUGCAAUAAAAGUGAGUAUGUUGUGAUCAUAAAUACGUAUAUCGAUUUUUAAGAAACUGCGUUUAAUUUAAUGAACAAAUAAUAAAUGAAAGCUAUUGUAGUUUACGAAACGAGCGAAGCGAGUGGAGUAAUCUCCAAACAAUGUAGUCAUAUAUUUAUUUAUAAGAUAAAUUGAUUCUAAGUAAAUAAUUAUAUUUAAGUGUAAUGCUAAAGUAAUGAAUCAUAUAAUUAUAAAUAAUCUGUUUCACUAUAAAUAAACAUAAAUAUUUUUUCUAAUGCCUGUACUUAGGUAAUAUUAAGAAAUUGUGUAAAUUUUUCAAUGUACAUGUAAAUGUACUUUAUUACAAAAACAGAAUUAAAAAUAAGUUCCUGUACUUAAUUCCAUUUUUCUAUUCCCACAUCUAAAACACGGAUUAUUUUUUUAUUAAUUAUUUUUAAUUUAAUUUUUAAUUUAAGUAAUUUUUUUUCGUAGUGGUUGUAGAAAAAGUAUAGUAUGUAAUACGUGAAUAAACUUCUCUGCACAUUCGUUUUAUUAAACACUCGCUCCGCUGCGCUUCGCUCGUGCCUAAUAAAACUCUGUCUAAAGUGGCGUUUAUAAUACUAGUUACAUAAUAUACUAUUUAAAUCUCUUACUUUCCAUACAGACUGUAUUAUAAAAAACGCCCCAAGCCAUAACUCCAUUGUUUUUAAACUUAUGACAAUACUUCUUAGAACAAAGUUGAACAUUUUUUGUUAACUAUCAUUUAGAAAACAGCGUUAGUUUAGCAUCUAUCCCAAACAAUAGAUGACAAAAAAAUGUUCAACUUUGUUCUAAGAAGUAUUGUCACAAGUUUAAAAAUAAUGGAGUUAUGGCUUUUGAGGCGUUUUUCAUAAUGCAGCCUGUACAAUUAAUAUAAAAAAAAACAAUUAUACUUGAUUAGUUUGUUGAUCUCGAAAAAAAUCAGUUAUUUAUGGAAAGUUUGUGCUUCCAUCUGAACAUUUAUUGUUAUCACAAGAUAACAAAAUACAUUACGUCGUUAGUUGUAUCAUAGACUGAUUAUUCCGAACACAAAUUUGCAAGUUGUGUUAUUAACAAGAAGAACAAAGAUCGACAUUGAAACGAGCACAUUAUAAAACCUGUCAGACUGUAUCCAACACUUGUUACAUAACCUUCGACCUGUAAACAGUGAAAAUGCUGUCGUUUUAUCUGUUAUUAACCGGCAUAGCCCUGAUUUUGCUACUCCAAAGUUGGCGUUUUUUCCGAAAAUACCUCAGGAAUAAGAAAAUUUUGAAGAAAAUACGUGCCCCCCCUGAGACACCAAUUUUCGGGCACAUGUACAUCUUCACACAAGACCCAGACUUACUGUUUACAAGAAUGCGAAAAUUCUCACGGGAGUACUACCCCAUUUUCCGCUUUUCGGCCCUCUACGUCGACAUUGUGAAUUUUCUCGAUCCUAGCGACAUUGAAUUGAUUUUAUCGACCACCAAGCAUUUGAGUAAGAGCAAAAUCUACACUUUUUUGAACAAUUGGCUGGGGACGGGUUUACUGACAAGCACUGGU